CUUUUUUCCCUAACCAAUCUCCUACCCUUUUUCUUACCACCCAAUCACAUCCUUGACAAUGCUUUUGGUCUCAUUAGUUAUAUAUAAAGUCUACUACUAUCUAAGCAGUCAUAGUAGAUAAAUAGUUUCUCUCUCUCUCUCUAGAUCUCUCUCUAGAUCUCUCUCUAUUCAAGCCCACUCCUAUCUUUCAUUUCCUUGUACAGAGCCCUGAGUGGGCAACUUAGGUAUGGAUAACAUCACCACCACCAACACCAACAGUAGCAGCUCUUGGGACCUCGAGAUGAGUAUGGGGAGCCACCCAUUCCUGCUCUUUGAUUAUCACCAACCCCCCUUUCAACUUGUUCACCCCUCAUCAGAAGCAAUAUUACCAUUAAUCCAUGCCCAUAACAUCCCUUCCCCGUGCUUUUCCACCCCUCCUCCUCACAUAGAAGCUGCUCCUGCUGCUGCUGCUGCUGCUGCUGAUCACCACCGGGAGAGGGAGGAGGAGGUGUACAAGAUCGCGGCGAUGCAGCCGGUCGACAUUGACCCCUCGACGAUCAAGAAGCCGAGGCGGAGGAACGUCCGGAUAAGCGACGACCCGCAGAGCGUCGCCGCGCGCCACCGCAGGGAGCGCAUCAGCGAGAGGAUCCGCAUCCUCCAGCGCCUCGUCCCCGGCGGCACCAAGAUGGACACGGCCUCCAUGCUCGACGAGGCCAUUCGCUACGUCAAGUUCCUGAAGCGCCAGGUGCAGGAGCUCCAAUCCAACCCCCCGCCCCCUCCGCCGCCGCCGCCGCCAAUUGCGUCGGCCCCCCACCGCGCGACGUUCCUCGGAGCGGUCCCCCUCUCCGCGCCCGUAGAUUGGGCCGUGCAUGGCGCGUCGUCGUCCUCGUCCUCGUCGCAUCAAGGGCUAGGGUUUGGAUUCAUUGCGCCGAAGCAACCAUGGGAUGCACUGAAUUAGCUAUAGCUAUAUAUAGCACUACGAUCUACAGGUAAUUAAUUGAGCAAUGGAAACAUUAUCGUUUAAUUGAUUGUGAGCUCACAAUAUUGCGAAAAAUAAGAUCAAAUGAUGGGUCAUGUAGCUAAUUAUAAUUAACUAGAUUACAUAUUAUUAAUGGUGGUGUAUAUA